GUUCUUUCUCGUUUGCAUGCACCACGCAUGAUCGGCUUCGUUGAGCGCAUUACUUUACUUAAGUCACUUAAAGUUAUCUCGUCGUUGACGCGUGGUAUAUGAAACAGUUUCAGAUAUUUCAAAGCACUCUUUGAUGAUCACUGUUUGCAACGGGAGGUGUUGGACCGAUGAGAUUCUUAACAGAGCUUCCAUUGUGUAAUCGUAGUAGGCAGGUGGUUUUACAAAUUCAUUCAUGAAUUUUUCAAUUAGACUGCGUGGUGCCAGUGAUUCCCGAUUGUGAUCGAUAAUUUACUCGAACCUACCAAACAAUCGAUAACAUUGAUCGAGUGAUUAGACUCUAUAAGUGCCAACAACGAGCAAGAAAGAAUGUUAUCUUCGUCAAAUUUGAGUUGCGCGACGGCGGCGGGGGUAACUUUGACGGCCACGACGGCGGCAAGCGUCGCGGCGGCGGCCGCCGCGUCCAUCCAACAUGGUACGACUUCGCCCCAAAGAUCUCCGACAUCAGAAGAACACUCGUCAAUCGACAAAACCGAAAUUAACGAAGCUGUUACCAAAGUUUUAAAGGGUUACGAUUGGACUUUAGUACCUAUCGCCACCAAAGCAUCGUCCGACAAAAGAAAACUUCACGUCAAAAGGCCAAUGAACGCGUUUAUGGUUUGGGCACAGGCUGCACGUCGAAAAUUGGCAGAUCAAUAUCCACAACUACACAACGCCGAGCUAUCAAAAACGUUAGGAAAAUUAUGGAGGUUACUAAGCGACAACGACAAAAAGCCUUUUGUUGAAGAAGCGGAUCGUUUAAGGAUAAUCCAUAAGCGAAAACAUCCUGACUACAAGUACCAACCUCGCCGACGAAAACAAAAAGGACCGAACGAUUCUAUCCAUCAACUCCCUCACGGUUCGAACGUCACCUUCAGUCGAUCGCUCAAACAAGAGGAGUCUUCUCCUUGCAGUCCGCGAAGGCACAGUUCGACGUCUCCUUCUUCAUGCUCCUCUCAACCUCACAGUCCCUCAAUCACACCGCACACCUUCAAACAAUGCACAGACGUCUCGAACAAUAGUAUCGACUUCAAUCGGCUACCAGAAUUUGACAACACAUACAUUACCGAAGAUUGUUUAGACAGUAACGACCUGGACCAGUAUUUACCAGUCGAACACGGUUACCAACAGAACAUUUACCAUGACAGUUACGUAAUUAGACGCGUGUCAGAAGAUGACGAAAGUAACAACAAUAACUACAAAAGCAAAAGGGUUACGAGUGACAAUUUUCUACAAAACGGGGAAGAGCAUUCUGAUGAAAUUACAUCUAUACCAUUUGUUCGUUACCAUGAAUUGCAACCGAGCUCAUCCGGUGUCAAGACUGAAAGGUACCCAUCGCCCAAUACAACUACCAACGUGUUUACUUACCAGUCCAGUAUGCCGAUAGCGUCACCUACCGGUUAUUACACUAAUGGUAGUCAUCAGUAUUUACCCUCCUACCAAUAUUUACCCCAACGUCCCUCCACGUUCGGGAACCACACCGUUGGUAGCUAUACCAUUAGUGGAAACGCAUCUUCCGAACCAUGGAGCCACUGGAACGUUCCCGGUGAAAUAUAAUGAAAAAUCUAGUUGAAGUUUUGUACCAGUUAAUCUUUAUGUUGUUAUGUUUAGAAUAAGAUUUUGUACAGUAGAUUUAGUAAAAUAUUUUAUUCGUUUAAUAGUUUUAAGAUUACUUCGUUUUUUGUUAAACAGUUCUCUCAACUACACUUAGUAAAUUUACAUGUCAUCCCUUCAGUUGUACAUUUUUUAUUUUGUAACAAGUUAUUAUAUUUUUUUUGUAGACAACA